AUGACGGCUGAUUCCAGAAAGGUAAGAACCUCGUCGAGUCAACUUUGCCUCACUGCCUUCAUCUCGAACCUGAUUCAGUUUCGAAAGAGAUCCACACGAAAUCCAGAGGAUGUUGAUGAAGACGCGAUCAAGAUUGAAGGGAAGUGUUGUUGCUUUGAUGCAGAUUCCUCUAUGAAAGAUAUGAAGAAUGAUGAAGAGGAAGGUGAGAGGAGAAGAGAGAGUUUUCGGGAAUUUUCUGUGGAGUUUUCUGGUUACCCUUCUCAGACUGUUGAAGAGUUUUACCAAGUUAUAGCAUAG